GCGGAGCAGCUGCCUGUUAGCAUGGUUAGCAGUUAGCCACCUAGCUUCUGCCAUUUCCAGCAGCGCUGCUUGUGUUUGGUUGGUUGCUGUUAGCAGCAAGAUGGCGGCUUCCAUCCCGGCGCACAGACCCUCCGCUCUGCACAUUUAGCAACAGCUUUCAGCCUCCACUGUUCCCCCCUCACACUGAUGCAUGGAGCAGCCGUGCACCGCAUUCACCCGCAGCUGGAUUAUGCGUUUCUGUUUCUGCUGGUUCUUGUUAAUCUGAGCGGCUACCGGCGAAUUUCUUCAGCGUUCACGGGGCUAAAAUGGCGGACUGUCUGCUGCAGUGUCUGGGCUAGCUAGCAUCACACCGACCCCUCUCAGAAUCACAGACUGGAACAUCAGAUAAUGUUUAUUAUAUCUAUUUAAUAAAAGUUCACGAAGCUGUAGCGGACAGCUCAUCACGUCCAGUUAGAACAGCUAAGAUAGCCAGCUUCGGAUAAACUAGCCGGCUAGCCAUUAAGCUUCGGGAGCUAGUUAGCAGGCUAAUGCUAACCGUGAGCUAGACAAAAACUUUCUGACGCAACUCUCGACUGAAUUUUGGAUUUUCUUUUUCCCCUUGCUGAGGACCGGGAGACGCGAACCCAGACAGCAGCGUCAUGGCGUCCGAACCCGCGGUGCUACAGCCCCGCUGGAAGCGCGUCCAGGGCUGGACCGGGCCGGUGCCGCGGCCCCGCCACGGACACCGAGCCGUGACCAUCAAGGAGCUAAUGGUGGUGUUCGGCGGAGGGAACGAGGGGAUCGUGGACGAGCUGCACGUCUACAACACCGCUACCAACCAGUGGUUCAUCCCUGCAGUGCGCGGUGACGUCCCCCCCGGCUGUGCCGCCUACGGCUUCGUGUGUGACGGGACGAGGCUGCUGGUGUUUGGAGGGAUGGUGGAGUACGGCAAAUACAGCAGCGACCUGUACGAGCUGCAGGCGAGUCGUUGGGAGUGGAAACGUCUGAAGGCCAAGGCUCCAAAGAACGGCCCGCCCCCCUGCCCCCGCCUCGGACACAGCUUCUCUCUGAUUGGCAGUUCCUGCUACCUGUUUGGAGGACUGGCCAAUGACAGUGAAGACCCCAAGAACAACAUCCCCAGGUACCUGAACGACCUGUACAGUCUGGAGCUGCGGCCGGGCUCCAGCGUGGUCGGCUGGGAGAUUCCGCUGACGUCCGGCUCGCCGCCGCCGCCCAGAGAGAGUCACACAGCCGUGGUGACGAGCGGCCGCGGCGCCAACAGACUCAUCAUCUACGGAGGGAUGAGCGGAUGCAGACUGGGAGACCUGUGGGUGCUCGACAUAGACUCUCUGAUCUGGAGUAAACCGACCCUCGGAGGAACCGCCCCCCUCCCCCGCAGCUUGCAUACUGCCACCACCAUCAACAACAAGAUGUAUGUGUUUGGAGGUUGGGUUCCUCUGGUGAUGGAUGAUGUCAAAGUGGCGACUCAUGAGAAGGAGUGGAAGUGUACCAACACGCUGGCCUGCCUCAACCUGGACACGAUGUGCUGGGAGACGGUCCUGAUGGACAGCGUGGAGGAGAACAUCCCCAGAGCUCGAGCGGGUCACUGCAGCGUCGCCAUCAACUCCAGACUCUACGUCUGGAGCGGCAGAGACGGAUACAGGAAGGCCUGGAACAACCAGGUGUGCUGCAAGGACCUCUGGUACCUGGAGACAGAGCGUCCCUGCGCUCCCUCUCGGGUGCAGCUGGUCCGGGCCAACACGUCGUCUCUGGAGGUGAGCUGGGGGCCGUCGCAGACCGCUGACACUUACCUGCUGCAGCUGCAGAAGUACGACAUUCCUGCCGCGUCUGCGCCCGCCUCACCUGCCUCUAGCCCUGCCGUCAACCCUGUCCCCAAGAGCCUCGCCCCCAUCGCCGCGACACCAGCUAACCAAACUGUCCCGCUGUCCGGGGUCACGUUGGUCCCCUCCCCCACAAUGGCUGCCGCCGCCAAAGCACCAGCGGUCCUGAAGGUGGCAGCGGCUCCAGGUGCAGCAGGCGGAGCCUCCAUCGUCACAGUGAGACAGGCCACGCCCAAAUCCCCAAUCGCCGUGACAACUCUUCCCGCAGGUGUUCGUAUGGUGGUACCUGCUCAGGCCAGUCAGGGGACGCCAAUAGGAAGCAGUCCUCAGAUGAGCGGUAUGGCGGCGUUGGCGGCCGCAGCUGCAGCAACUCAGAAGAUCCCUCCGUCCACGACGGCGAUGCUGAACGUCCCUGCAGGAGCAACGAUUGUAAAGACGGUGGCUGUAAGUAACCCGGCCACACGCAUGUUGAAGACGGCUGCUGCUCAGGUGGGCGGAGCCUCUGUAGUCUCCACCCCAGGAACCCCCAGCCGACCAAUCAUCACGGUUCAUAAGUCCGGAACGGUGACCGUCUCCCAGCAGGCUCAGGUGGUCACCACAGUGGUGGGCGGAGUCACAAAGACCAUCACUCUCGUUAACAGUCCACUCAGUGUGGGGGGAGGCGGAACUCUGAUUGGUAACCUGGGUAACCUUGGUAACCUCAGUAACCUGGGGAAGGUGGUGUCAGUGGUCCAGACCAAACCGGUUCAGAGUGGCUCGAUUACUAGUCAAGCUGGGAGCAACGCCAUCACCCAGUUCCUGCAGACAAAGGGCGGCCUCCCACCCGGAACCAUCUUGAAGUUGGUGACAUCAGCAGACGGUAAACAGACCACCCUCCUCAGCACCGCGCAGGCCGGAUCAACUCCAACCAAACAAACCAUCCUUGGCGUCGCUCCGGCUUCCUCCAAACCCGGGACCACAAUCAUCAAGACCAUCCCAAUGUCAGCACUGCAGGGGGGGGCAGGUGGUAACAGUCCGUUCACGAUCCUGACCACCAAGAUGGUGACACCAGGAAGUGCCGGAAAAAUCAUCACCACCGUCCCCAAAAUCACUGCAGCCGGCCAGCAGGGCCUCACACAGGUUCUGUUGAAAGGCGCUCCGGGGACACCUGGUACGAUCUUCAAGACCGUCCCGAUGAGCGGAGUCAGACUGGUGUCACCGGGCGCCGUCGGCACCAAACCUGCCUACACCACGCUGGUAGUCAAGUCCACCACAGGUGUGUCCAGUCUGGGGACGGCAACAGGAAGCGUCUCCACUGCCGUAGCAGGAGGAGCUGUCGCUGUCGCCAACGCCUCCCUGGCAACGCCCAUCACCACGCUGGCAACCAUCGCCACAUUGGCCAACCAGGUCACCACGGCAACUCCCACCACCACAGGACCCAAACAGGUGACUCUGAUCACAACUCCGAGCGGCGCCGAGGCUCAGCCGCUGGUCCAGGAUCUGCCCGUCUCCAUUAUGGCUUCUCCUACUUCAGAAGAACCUGGAAGUACUACAAGUACCACUACUACUACUACUACUGCAGGGGGAGAGGCUGGAGACACUGCAGCUCCUACAGUGACGUUGGUCUGCUCCAACCCGCCCUGCGAGACCCACGACACCGGCACCACCAACACCGCCACCGUGGCCACCGCAACCAUGGGCGGUAACGACCGAGCGUGCUCCAACCCGCCCUGCGAGACCCACGAAACCGGCACCACCAACACCGCCACCGUGGCCACCGCAACCAUGGGCGGUAACGACCGAGCGUGCUCCAACCCGCCCUGCGAGACCCACGAAACCGGCACCACCAACACCGCCACCGUCGCCACCGCAACCGUGGGCGGUAACGACCGAGCGUGCUCCAACCCGCCCUGCGAGACCCACGAAAUCGGCACCACCAACACCGCCACCGUCGCCACCGCAACCAUGGGCGGUAACGACCGAGCGUGCUCCAACCCACCCUGCGAGACCCACGAAACCGGCACCACCAACACCGCCACCGUGGCCUCCGCCAGCCUGAGCCAGGUGCUGCAGGUCUGUUCCAACCCCCCAUGUGAGACUCACGAGACCGGGACCACCAACACGGCCACCACAGCCGGAGCUGGAGGACUCAGACAGGUGUGUUCAAAUCCACCAUGUGAAACUCACGAGACCGGGACCACCAACACCGCCACCACAGCCGGAGCUGGAGGACUCAGACAGGUCUGUUCCAACCCUCCGUGUGAGACUCACGAGACCGGGACCACCAACACGGCCACCACAGCUACAGCUCAGCAGGGUGGAGACGGCGAGCAGGUCGACUCCACAGACCCCGGCUCCUCCGCCGACCCCGCCUCCUCCACCGCAGCCAGUCAGAGCAGAGCUGUUACUACGGUUACACAGGCCACACCCACCCCCGGGCCAUCCAUACCUGAGAUCUCCUCAUUGGUCGGCGAGAGCAGGGCAGAGUCGUCUGAGGCGGAGGCUGUUGCCAUGGUAACUGCAGCGGAAGGGGAGGAGUCCAUGCAGACGGACAGCCAAUCAGGGCUUGUGAUGUCAUCAACAGCUUCAGUGUUACAGGUUCAUGUGGAGGGCAGCGAGGCGGCGGCACAGAUGGACAGCAGCCUUCCUCAGGAACUGAUGUCAUCAGAAGGGGACAGAGGCGAGGUGGUUUCCGGGGCGACGACCCUGAUGGUGACGGGGCUGACCUCUGAUCACAUGUCUGUUACCGCGGCAACAGAGGAGGCAGUUCAGCAGGCGACGAUACAGGCGGUGCUGCGGGCGGCCGGACACGUCGGAGACGGUUCGGAGGACCAGUCCAUCCCCAUCAUCCUGACCCAGCAGGAGCUGGCGGCUCUGGUCCAACAGCAGCAGCAGCUGCAGGACGCCCACAACCAACCAGAACCAGCAGAACCAGAACCACAGCACAGCAGCGUGCCCACAGAGGGCCUUGCUCCAGCAGACAGCCUGAACGACCCGACAGCAGAGGGUAACGGACACGAGCUGACGUCAUCGGCAGUGACGAGCGCUGUGGCCCGAUUGGCCAGUACGUUUGGCCCCGCCCCCUCUCUGACGGCCAGCCCGGCUAAGAUUCAAACUGCGCCGCCCACCGAGGUCACCAAUGGCAUCACGGCGACUGCAGGGGACGUCCAGGUGAGAUCAUCAACGAGGGACAAUCAGUGGUAUGACGUCGGCAUCGUCAAGGUGACCAACAUGGUGGUCACUCAUUACUACGUCCCCUACGACAACAACAUGGCUGACGAUGACUCAGGUGUGAUACCAGACUACAGUCAGAUGAAGAAGGUGGAGCUGCAGCCGGGGACGGCCUAUAAGUUUCGGGUUGCGGGGAUCAAUAUCUGCGGCCGCGGAGCGUUCUCAGAGGUGUCGGCGUUUAAAACGUGUCUUCCUGGUUUCCCCGGAGCGCCGUGCGCCAUCAAGAUCAGCAAGAACCUGGACGGGGCUCAGCUGACCUGGGAGCCUCCUGCCGUCACAUCAGGGAAGAUCACAGAGUACUCUGUGUACCUGGCCAUCCAGUCCAGCCAGGCCGCCGCCUCCAGUUCCGGUUCCGGACCGGCCCAGCUGGCUUUCAUGAGGGUCUACUGUGGUCCCAAUCCGUCCUGCCUGGUCCAGGCCUCCAGCCUCGCCAACGCCCACAUCGACUACACAACCAAGCCUGCCAUUAUCUUCCGUAUCGCCGCUCGCAACCAGAAGGGCUACGGGCCAGCCACGCAGGUCCGGUGGCUACAAGAAAGCAGUAAAGAUGCCAAACCAGCAGUGAAGAGACCCGGAGCGUCUCCUGACAUGAAACCUGUUGGACCAAAGAAGUUCAGAACAGACCAAUAGGAGGAGCCGACCUGCUGAGGAGGACUGUGAUUUGCUGUUGUUGUUGUCUUAAGCUCCACCCUGAAGCUGGUGACCGUGUCAACUCUGACAGCUUCCUGUCCCAACAGGAAACAGACAAAAUAAAAGACUUGUAGGAUAUUUGUACAUUAUCGACCAAUCAGAACUCUUUUUCUCCUUGAUUUUGUUUUGGUUGUCAUGGAGACGGCGAUGGGCGGAGUCAACAGCUUUUCACCUUUAAAUGGAAAUAAUAAAGUUUGAGUUUAUAGAACUAGAAGUAGCUGUCUGUCUCGGUGUCUCUCACCCUCUGAGGUCACGAUGAAGUUCAGUGGUCGCGCCGCUUUUGGGGGCGGGGUCCCUGCAGGGGGCGGGGCUUAAACUGCUCUGUAAAUUAUUGUUUUUCUGUAGCAUCAAAAUUUUUUGUUUUUCCUUUUUUUUAUAUAUAAAUGUGUUUAAGAAAAGAAGUGUUAUUUCUUCUGUGGUUUGUUUCUUCUGUUCUCGAAGUGUUUGUUGGCCGCAGUGACGGAGCUCACCCAUUGGACAGUUUGUCUGAGCUGGAAGUGAAUGAUUUUUCCUGCUGUUUGAAAAUCAAACAUGUUGUUUGUGAAUAUUCUCUUGAACAAUAAAGAUUUUUAGAGCAUUUUUUUUA